AUGGAGGAGGAGCCUACGAGAGCUAGAGAAAAGGCGCUGCCUAUCAGGCGUCCAGUCAUAGCAGUGGACGAGAAGAGAGGACAGGAGAAGACAUUGAGGAAUGUGGAGGACACCGGACACGGCUCGCCACCUGCCGCCAUCAGCCAUUGUCCCACCGAGACAGUAUCACACUCCAUUCUACAGACAAUGAUGAAACAUCUACCUGAAUGCUUCUUGGUCCUUUCAAUAUUUCCUUCUCUACUUCUUACAGGAGGAGAGGAUGUCCCUGUCAUACUGAAUGGUCUUAUAAACCAAUCCAUCCCAAUGUCACUGAGUGGAGGUCCAUCAGAUCCUGUACGUCUAGUAAGCUGGAACUUCAAAACAACCCUAUUGGUGACUUACACAAAUAAUCAGAUUAUUGGUAUAGAUGAAAAGUUUAGAGGAAGACUGGAGAUCCUGAAUGAUGGGAAAGUGCUGAGGAUUGGACAUCUGAGACUGGAGGACAGUGGACUGUAUACUGCAACUAUAAUUUUUACCAACAACGCAAACUAUCAGAAAGUCUACAACCUCACUGUGUAUGAACCUGUUCCUACCCCGUCCAUAGUAGCUGAAGAGAGGAAGGACAGCCCUGAUUGGUGCAAUGUGACUCUUCGUUGUUCGGUCCCAACAAACAAAUCGUCAUUAUCCUAUACCUGGAAAUACAGACAUGGAGGCUCUGAUUAUCAGCUGUAUAAGAAUUCUGGAGACACAAUCCAGAUGUCACUGCAAGCGGAGUCCAGGGAGAUGGAGGUCCUGUGUAUCAUACACAACCAGGCUGACAUGAAAAAUAUUUCUCUACGUAAUCUCUGCCUGGAUCAUAGUGUGAACGUCAAAAGUGCUGGAGAUCUAACCUGUUGGAUACAAUUGUACAUCUACAUACCCAUUCUGAUUAUUCUGUCAUUAUCUCUGCCUUUUCUGUGUUUACUGAACAGGAGGAAACCAGAAUAAAAGUAAGUACUUAUAAAAUAAUUUUUAGCAC